CAGAAAAGGGAUGGCCCAGCCCUCCGGGCACCCUUGGGGAUGUGGUCGCUGGGCCUCACCCAGACAGAGUUAUGUGUGACCCCCAAGUGGGAGAAGGAAAGCUGUUGCCAUGGUGGCUUGGGCGAAUUCCUCCGGGGUGAAGUGAGAGAUAUUUAUACCCAGGGUCAGGCAGAGAGCGGGCAGACAGCAGAGGGCAGGGGAGUGGGACUGAACAGGACACAGCAAGGCCGUGGUGUGCAGGCAGGCGGGACCGAGGCGUGUCCCACCAUCUCACUGUGCGUUGUCUCUCCACCUGUCGAGGAAGCAUUCUAUGUCCCUGCUAGGGACAAUGGCAUCUCUCAGCCACAUCUUGGUUCUCUGUGUGGGUCUCCUCACCAUGGCCAAUGCAGAAGCUCCACAGGAACACGACCCAUUCACCUACGACUACCAAUCCCUGAGGAUCGGAGGCCUCAUCAUCGCCGGGAUCCUCUUCAUUCUGGGCAUCCUCAUCAUACUGAGCAAGAGAUGCCGGUGCAAGUUCAACCAGCAGCAGAGAACUGGGGAGCCUGAUGAAGAGGAGGGAACUUUCCGCAGCUCCAUCCGCCGUCUGUCCACUCGCAGGCGGUAGAAACACCUGGCGCGAUGGAACUCAGCCAGGCCCUGCAGCUCAGACUGAGCUGGGGGAGGAAAGGAACCAGGCAAUGAUAAGGGGGCGAAGUGCCAAGGUGGGAGAGUGGUGAGGAGGGCUUGAAGUCCGCCCUCGCCUCUCACCCUUUUCAUCCCACAGAUUCCCUUGGCUCCUGACGUCUCCCACCCACCACCUGCACUCCUAUCGCCACCCCCACUGUCCCCUACCCCAGCCCUGCCCCGCGGUCUCCCCAUGCCACCAAUAAAACGUGCUUUUCUCUCUUGACAGCACUUUGUUGAUCUCAGUCCCUGGGAGCGAAAGCCUGGGAGCCCCUUGGCCCCGGCAGGGGGCGCCCCCACCCUUGAGGAAGG